AUGCUCAUCUCGGAGACGGGACCGAGCUUGGAUGUCAUCAGUGUGCUCUACACCAUAGAGGGGCUGCUGCAGGCGGUCAUAGUCGUGAUCAUCAUGCCAUGGUUGGACACGAACAUGUUCUGGAAGUUCUUCUUGUCAACAUGGAUUAUUCUCAUGGGCCCGCCGCUGGCAAUUUGCGCACUGGGCAAAAUCCACUGGGUCUUCUAUCUGGUGACGCUGCUUCUGGUGGAUGUGGCGAUGACUGUCGCGACUGGUCUGCUGAGCGUCCUGCUGCUGCGGUCCAUAGCUUGGGAGCACAUCAGCACCUUUCACAAGCAGGUCUCCACCCUCGCUGGGUUCACCAUCGGGGCUUCCUACGUUCAGAUGCCACUCAAGUCAGGUGUCGGCAGCUGGGAAGCCGCCUCGCUUAUCGGUCACGGCGCCAUCGCGUUGUUACUUCUGCUAGUCUAUGCCACGCACCGUAAUGCAAUGCGCAAGUUUUGGGACGACCUUGCGGAGCCAAUCCAGAGGGGCGAGAAUGGCGACAUGGAGGAGGAGGACCUGUCGGAACUCGAAGAAAUUGACGAGGAAGAGCUCGGGGAGGACCCGCCAAGCCUUGUUCGGAUGACGGAGCAUGAGCGAAAGACCGCAGAUGCCAAUUUACCUGGUCUCUUAGAAUAA